AUGGAUGAUUCGACGAAAUCUCGCUUAAAGGCGAUUCCGUUGUGUAAAACCAAAGCUGGUCCACGGGACGGAGACUUGUGGAUUGAGCGGUUGAAGGAGGAAUACCAAGCUAUCAUCAAGUUUGUUCAAAACAACAAGGAAACGGACUCGGAUUGGUUUCGCCUUGAGUCGAAUGCCGAUGGAACGAAAUGGUUUGGGAAAUGUUGGCAUUACCACAACAUGAUCAAAUACGAGUUUGACGUUGAAUUUGACAUUCCAGUAACUUAUCCUGUAACAGCACCAGAGAUAGCAUUGCCUGAACUUGAUGGAAAAACAGCCAAGAUGUACCGAGGUGGAAAGAUUUGCUUAUCAGACCAUUUCAAACCGUUAUGGGCUAGAAACGUACCCAAAUUUGGAAUCGCUCAUGCAUUUUCUCUCGGACUGGGUCCAUGGUUGGCGGUCGAAAUACCUGAUUUGGUGGAAAAAGGACUUAUCACAGCUAAUUCCUAG